GGGCGGUUUGAACGGGACGGAGACGGAACCGGAGCCGGUUACUGGUACUGGACGCGGUUCAGCCGAGAGCCGAAGAUGGCAGUGAACGUAUACUCGACAUCAGUCACCAGUGAUAACCUAAGUCGACAUGACAUGCUGGCUUGGAUCAAUGAGUCUCUGCAGUUGAAUCUGACAAAGAUCGAACAGUUGUGCUCAGGAGCUGCCUAUUGUCAGUUUAUGGACAUGCUGUUCCCUGGCUCCAUUGCCUUGAAGAAAGUGAAAUUCCAAGCUAAGCUAGAACAUGAAUACAUCCAGAACUUCAAAAUAUUACAAGCAGGUUUUAAGAGAAUGGGUGUCGACAAAAUAAUCCCAGUGGACAAAUUAGUAAAAGGAAAGUUUCAGGACAAUUUUGAAUUUGUUCAGUGGUUCAAGAAGUUUUUUGAUGCAAACUACGAUGGAAAAGACUAUGACCCUGUAGCUGCCAGACAAGGUCAAGAAACUGCAGUGGCUCCUUCCCUUGUUGCUCCAGCUUUGAAUAAACCGAAGAAACCUCUCAGCACUAGCAGUGCAGCUCCACAGAGGCCCAUUUCAACACAGAGAACUACUGCAACUUCCAAGCCUGGCCCAGGUGUGGUGAGAAAGAACCCUGGUGUGGGCAAUGGGGAUGACGAAGCAGCUGAGUUGAUGCAGCAGGUCAACGUAUUGAAGCUUACCGUCGAAGAUUUGGAGAAGGAGAGAGACUUCUACUUCGGAAAGCUAAGGAACAUUGAAUUGAUUUGCCAGGAGAAUGAGGGGGAAAACGACCCUGUAUUGCAGAGGAUUGUGGACAUUCUCUAUGCCACAGAUGAAGGCUUUGUGAUACCCGAUGAAGGGGGCCCACAGGAGGAACAAGAAGAGUAUUAACAACAGCCUGGACCAGCAGAGCAGCGUCUGAAUUCUUCACUCCAAAUCAUGUGCUUAACUGUAAAAUACUCCCUUUUAUGAUUCUUAGAGGACUCACUGGUUUCUUUUCAUAAGCAAAAAGUACCUCUUCUUAAAGUGCACUUUGCAGAAAUCUCACUCCUUUUUCCAUAAGUUUGAGUUAGGAGCUUUUACCUUGUCGCAGAGCAGUAUUAACAUCUAGUUGGCUCACCUAGAGAACAAAGAGGCUGACCAUGGGGCUCACCAUGUGGUUGCUGGAGAAGGUGUCAGUAGAGAAAUGGAAAGACUGAAUUAAAUUUUAAGCUAAUGUGAAAUCUUGGCAGAGAACGUUUAAUAAAUAAAUGCCUUAAGAGUAUUUAAAAUAUGCUUCCAUAUUUCAAAAUGUAAGUGUAACAUGACAGGAGAUUUUGUGUGUUAGACAUUAUUUGGGAAGGAAGGACCAGACCUUGGAACCUUUGUGGAACCUGCUGUUGAUAGGCCUUGUAGGGUUGCUUGAAUCCUUGGAGGCCAAGACAUUGACCCCAAUAGGAAAGUUUAGGAGUUGCGCUGUAAAGCCAUUUGGUGUCACUGACCAGUUGCAUCCUUGCUGAAAAUAAAUAUCAAGAGGCAUUGUUGCCUGGAUGACUAGAGAGUGUGUUUCAGCCCUGAGGUGUUUGAGUUGAAGAGCUCGAUUUUCAGUGAGCAUGUCUCCUCCUGAUUUCCCCCAAAAUUUCUUUGUACUGUGUUUUUUGGGAAAUAAAGUUUGUCUGGUUUUUCAGUCUAACAGCUACUUUUGGGGAUGUGCCCACAUCUGUGUGAUGUGAAUGGUGGCUGUGUCCCAUUUUACUGUCUUUUAAGUUUACAUUGAACGUGCUUCUCUUCUCUGCUCCCCUUGCCCACUGGGGAUUCCUCUUUGUUGGCUCCUCAAAAGUUUUCUGCUUCAAGUGGACCUAAAGCAGACUGGUGAUGAUGCUGCAAGUUCUUUCUGGACCUCUGGCAAAGGGAGUGAUCAGUGAAGGCCCCCACUGCCUUGGGAUCUGCAAGGAUUGGCUGUUUUUGGUACCUGCUGUCCACAGCUCUCCACUGUUAACGGAAUACUUUGCCAGUGCACUAAUCUCUUUGGAGAUAAAAUUUGUUAGCGUGUUACUAAAUGUUAAUUUUCUUUUGCAGAAAAUACAGUACCAUGUCUGAUUUAAUUAUUAAUAUUUAAAAUACUUCAUUCCUUAACUCUCCCUCAUUUGCUUCGCCAAUGGCCUAUUCAGUCCCCUUGUUUGGCAGAAUUCUGCAAAAUGUGUGUCACCCACUGCUGAGAUUGUUCAGCCCCUGAUGUGUUUGUAUUGAUUUGUUUCUGGUGGUAGCUCGUCCUAAAAAUGUGUGUAGAAAACAGGUAUUUUAUGAUGAAAUUGUUGUGUAGUGCAUGCUUCGUGUGGAAUUCAGAGGAAAAAAACAGAUUCAGUGAUUAACAAUGCCAAAAAAAAAAGAAAAAAAUACAAGUUAUUAGCCAUUGUUCAGACGACAGUGGUGCUAUUUCUCUUUCGUGGCCUUUUAGACUUUUGUUGCCCUAAAAUUCCAGUUUACUGGGAACCCACUUUCCACCUGGUCUUUCUUGACAGGGUUUUUUCUACUUUAAACAGUUUCUAAAUAAAGUUCUGUAUUUCAAGAGU